GUUGCUCUAAAUAGGGGUGUACAGCAGCGGCAGCAGCAAAGGCAGCGUGGGGUCACUGCGAUCAGGGUUGCGGAGGAGCCGGCAGAACUGGGGAAGGCAGUGAGCAGCCCGGCAGGAUGCACACCCUCAAGGGCCUCUCGGCCAUCAAGAACCAGAGGGACCUCCACAUAUGGAUCAUUGAGAACCUGAAGAUGGUGCUGGUCCCUGAGAAGGCUUAUGGGAACUUCUUCGAGGAACACUGCUACAUCGUCCUGCGCGUCCCCCAGGAGGCCGCACAGGGGGCGGCCAAAGACCUGCACUACUGGGUCGGGAAGCUGGCCGACCCUGAGGCGCUGGCCGCGGCCGGCUCCUUCAUCCAACACCUCCAGGAGGCGCUGGGUGGCGCCACCGUGCAGCACCGCGAGGUGCAGGGCCAUGAGUCGGCCUGUUUCCGCAGCUACUUCCGCCCCGGAAUCAUCUACAGGAAGGGAGGCUUGGCCUCUGGCCGCAAGCAUGUGGAGACCAAUGUGUACAACAUCCAGCGACUGCUGUGCAUCAGAGGGAGGAAGCCCGUGUCGGCCACCGAGGUGGAGCUCUCCUGGAACAGCUUUAAUAAGGAUGACAUCUUCCUGCUAGACCUGGGCAAUAUGAUGAUCCAGUGGAAUGGGCCCAAGACCAGCACUACUGAGAAAGCACGAGGCCUGGCCCUGACCCGCAGCCUCAAGGACAGGGAGCGUGGUGGUCGUGCACAGAUUGGCAUAGUGGACGAUGAGGUUGAAGCCACUGAGCUCAUGCAGAUCAUGGAAGCUGUGCUGGGUCGCAGAGUGGGCAACCUGCGUGCCACCAUGCCCAGCAAGAGUAUCAACGAGCUGCAGAAGGCCAGUGUCCGUCUCUACCAUGUCUAUGAGAAGGGCAAGGACCUGGUGUUCCAGGAGUUGGCGACCUGCCCACUGACCCAAGACCUACUUCAGAAGGAGGACUGCUACAUCCUGGACCAGGGUGGCUUCAAGAUCUAUGUGUGGCAGGGACACAUGUCCAGCCUUCAGGAGAAAAAAGCUGCCUUCAGCCGGGCCCUGGGCUUCAUCCAGGCCAAAGGCUACCCGAGCCACACCAACGUGGAGGUGGUGGACGACGGCGCUGAGUCAGCUGCGUUUAAGCAGCUAUUCCAAUCGUGGUCUGGAGAGCAGCGCGGGAAGAACCACCGAGGUAAAUUGCUUCAGGUAAAGCUGGACGUGGGCAAGCUGCACAGCCAGCCUGAGCUAGCGGCCCAGCUCAGGAUGGUGGAUGAUGGCUCUGGGAAGGUGGAGGUGUGGUGCAUCCAGGACUCAGGCAGACAGUCCGUGGACCCCAAGCAUCAUGGGCAGCUGUGUGCAGGCAGCUGCUACCUUGUCCUCUACACAUACCAGAGGAUGGGCCUCAUCCAGUAUAUCCUAUACUUGUGGCAGGGCCUCCAGGCUGCUAUGCACAAGAUCAAGGCCCUAAACAGCAACGCCGAGGAGCUAGACAUCAUGUACCACGGAGCCCUGGUACAGGAGCACGUGACCAUGGGCAGUGAGCCCCCUCACUUCCUCGCCAUCUUCAAGGGUCAGCUGGUGGUCAUUCAGGGGAGUGCUGGCCCCAUUGGGAAGGGCCAGCCAGUGUCCGCCACGAGGCUCUUCCACAUACAAGGCACCGACAGCUGCAACACCCAGACCAUGGAGGUGCCAGCUUGUGCCUCAGCCCUCAACUCCAAUGACAUCUUCCUGCUGGUCACAGCUGGCCUCUGCUACCUCUGGUUUGGGAAGGGCUGCAGCGGUGACCAGCGUGAGAUGGCACGGACGGUGGCCACUGUCAUCUCCAUGAAGAACCAGGAGAUGGUGCUGGAGGGUCAGGAGCCUCCCCAUUUCUGGGAGGCCCUGGGGGGCCCAGCGCCCUACUCUAGCAACAAGAGGCUCCCCGAGGAUGUGUCCGACUUCCAGCCACGACUGUUUGAGUGCUCCUGCCAGACGGGUCCCCCAGUCCUCACAGAAGUGGUGUUCUUUAGCCAAGAAGACCUGGACAAGUAUGAUGUCAUGUUACUGGACACCUGGCAGGAGAUCUUCCUGUGGCUGGGGGCAGCUGCUAGCCAGUGGAAGCAGGAGGCAGUGUUCUGGGGCCAAGAGUACCUGAAGACGCACCCAGCAGGGAGGAGCCUGGCCACGCCCAUCGUGCUGGUCAAGCAGGGCCAUGAGCCUCCCAUCUUCACUGGAUGGUUCCGCACCUGGGACCCCUACAAGUGGACCAACAACCAGUCCUAUGAGGAGGUGGUAGAGGGCAGCCUGGGAGCCGUAUCUACCAUCUCGAAGAUAACAGCAGAUGUCAACAACUUCCAGCUGUCCAAAUGUCCCAGCACCGGUAGGCAAGGCCUGUGGGCCCUCAGGGGCUCUGAGAACAGCUCUGAGAACAAGCUGGAGCUGGGCCCCAAGGAGGGGGGCAGCAGCAGGAGCACCAGCAGCACCAGCAGCUACCAUAGCAGCCCCAGAGCCGUGAGCAACGGGGGCCUGCCCCGCGAGCAGCUGAUGCACCAGGCUGCCGAGGACCUGCCAGAGGGGGUGGACCCGGCCCACAAGGAGUCCUAUCUCUCAGAUUCGGACUUCCAAGAUAUCUUUGGGAAGUCCAAGGAGGAGUUCUACAGCAUGGCCAAGUGGAGGCAGCAGCAGGAGAAGAAGCAGUUUGGCUUCUUCUGAACCCAGGCCCUACCCCUGUCUGUGCCACCCACACAGCCAAGACCCCUGAGGGUACCUCCCCCACCCAUACCUGACACUCUCGGCAGAACCUCCUGGCCCUCCCCACUCAGAGACUCCUGGGUCACUUAAAUAAAAGUCUGUGGUCUGCACAAA